AUAUAUACGAACAUUUAGUGAUUGUCGCUCAUAUCGGACAGUACGAUUCGGCUAGAGAAGUCAACGUGCGCUGAUUGUUAUUGUUAUUGUUGGGUGUUGUGAAAAGCAAAUAUUGUAUUAUAAAUAUAUUAAAACCAUUUAACGGUUGUGCAGCAAAGUAAAAAUAUAUAUUAAAUAUAUUAAAUAAAAUAUAUGUAUACAAAACGAAAAAAAAAGUAUUAAAAUAUCGAACAAAAAUUUGUGUUCUAAAAACGAGCGAAAAUACAUAUUUUUUCUACGGCAAAAAAUUUAGUAAAAAUAAUUUUCAGUAAUUGAAAACCUCCUACAGCACCAUUGUGAUAUCCUUAGCAUGCUUAUUUGCUGACGAAUAUUUUGAAAAUGAAUUCAUCGAAAGAGAGUGUAAAACGCAAACCGAAUCCCAUAUUAAAAUCGAAUUUUCUGUCGAAAUGGUUUUUCAUUUGGACACGUGGUGUCUUCAAAAAAGGUUACCAAGACAAAUUGGGACAAGAUGACAUCUACGAUCAUGUGCCAUAUUUGGAAAGCAAGCUGUUAUCGAGUUCACUCAUCAAAUACUGGGAAAAGGAGGUGCGACGAAAGAAACCCAGUCUCUUGCAUAUGAUCUUUAGCGCGUUCGGCUGGCGAUUUGUGCCGAUGUGCAUUAUUUAUUCGAUAUUAGAGAUUACGUUACAUACCUUCCAACCACUUUUCCUCGGCCGCCUGGUAGCCUACUUCUCUGAAGGUCAAACGGAUAUUACCAAGAAAGAAGCCUACCUCACUGCCACCGGCAUUGUACUCUGUUCACUCAUUGCUUCGCUAUGCUUUCAUCCUUUCAUGUUCUUCCUCUUCAAAACAGGCACGGCCAUACGUGUCGCUUGCGCCGGUCUAAUUUAUCGUAAAUGUCUACGUUCGGCGGUGUCAUCGGACAAUAAUGGCAUAAGCGGUUUCGCGAUAUCGGUACUUUCGACGGAUUUGCCACAGUUCGAUACGACUUUCUACUUCUUCCACGAUCUCUGGAAGGGUCCAAUUGAGGCCAUAGUUUUCGGUUACGUCAUGUACAGCGAGAUCGGUUGGCCGGCUAUUGUGGGUAUUGCGGCGAUUGCAAUAUUCAUACCGCUACAAGCGUGGUCUGCUAAGGCGGCUGCCAAAUAUCGGCAUCGGUUCUCCGAAUUUGGCGAUGAUCGCGUGAAGUUGAUGAAUGAAAUCAUUACGGCAAUACAGGUGAUCAAAAUGUACGCGUGGGAGAAGUCGUUCGCUAAACUCAUUGCGAUCGUGCGUAAGAAGGAGAUACGUGCCAUUAGAGGUUCCAUGAAUAUCUACGCGGGUAUGCAGUGCACUAAUAUGAUUUCAAAGUGUGCGCUCUUCCUCAGUCUGAUCGCUUAUGUGUAUACAGGUGAUAUUAUAUCGGCGCGUAAAGUGUUCAUCAUAUCCUCAUACUAUGAUGCGCUCAACGACUCGCUGCUGCAUUUUUGGCCACUCUCGGUCACAACGUGGGCGGAAACGUUCGUCUGCGCAAGACGUAUAGUCACAUUCCUCAUGCAGAGUGAGGAUCCCGCCGAUGGUGGCGUGGAGAAUUUCGCGCUGGAUGUGGACAAGGAAGAGAAAGGCAACUUUUCGGGACGUGUUCACAAUCCACGUGCGAUUGAGAAGAACGUGAUAUUACACAAUCUAAGUGCGAGCUGGGAUCGACCAGGCACGGCAAAGCGUCGCCAUCAUAUUUCGGACGUGAGCUCUCACAUACGGCCCGGUCAAUUUGUGGGCAUUGUAGGUAAUGUCGGCUCGGGUAAGACCACACUGUUGAACGCCAUACUCGGCGAGCUGGAAAUCGCCAAGGGUAAUGUGGAGGUGAAUGGACGCAUCAGCUAUGCGCCACAAGAAGCUUGGAUAUUCGAAGCGAGCGUACGUGAUAAUAUCUGCUUCGUGGAACCGUACGACGCACAGCGCUACAAAGAUGUUGUGCAAGCUUGCGAACUGGAACGUGACCUGCAAUUGCUACCUUACGGCGACUCGACUAUAGUUGGCGAACGUGGCAUUAGUUUGAGCGGUGGCCAGAAGGCACGUAUAAGCUUGGCACGCGCUGUCUACCGUCAGGCGGAUAUUUAUAUAUUUGACGAUCCCCUCUCGGCUGUGGAUGCACAAGUCGCUAAACGACUGCUGCGGAACUGCUUCCAAGAGUAUCUGAGCACAAAGAUACGCAUAAUGGUCACACACCGAGUGUAUAAUCUCAAAGAGGCCGAUUGGGUUAUACUAAUGGAAGCGGGCGUUAUUGAGGUACAGGGCACUUAUGAGGUGCUCGAACAGAAGAUCAGUAAACGAUUGAGUUUGACACAAGAGGAAGUAGAGAAACGACCGAAACUCCUGCACACCGAGAGCAUCUUGGUGAAACCGUCGGUGGAGGAGACGCAGGAAGUGGAACUGCCAAACGAUACGGGCGUGGAGCGUAAGGAGCAACAAAUGCAGGGAUCCGUACGCUUUCACACAUACGUGGCAUACUUCCGCGCCCUUCGCAUGCCUUGGCUGGUAUUUGUGAUAUUUAUGUUGUUCAUUUGUGCGCGUGUCUGCCAAGCCGGCAUGGAUAUAUUCAUCGCCAGAUGGGCCACGUGGGAGGAGUCCCAACCGCAGUUGCACGAGUCGAGUAAUGAGUUCGAUUUGAAGAGGUUGGAGAUCGUCAUCAUCUAUGCGGUUCUCAUGCUGUGUACGCUCGUGCUCUACAUUGUACGCACCUUUGGCUUCUUCUACAUUUGCCUGGCGAUCUCGCUGCGUCUACACGACUAUCUCUUCAAAGGUAUUAUACGCGCACGCAUGCGGUUCUUCAAUACCAACGCUUCGGGCCGCAUAUUGAACCGGUUCUCUAGUGAUAUUGCAAAUAUUGAUAUUGCAUUGCCACAAGCCAUGCUGGACUCGUACUCGUUUUACAUGAACACCAUUGCGGUACUAUCGAUUGUGGCCUUCGCCAACUAUUGGCUACUAAUACCAGCUCUUGUCAUGAUCUCCUUGCUUUACCUAUGCCGUGAACUGUAUAUCAAUACAAGUCGCAGUCUCAAGCGUAUUGAGAGCAUGACACGCAGUCCCGUAUACUCGCACACAAAUCAGACCUUCCAGGGUCUCACAACAAUACGCGCACUCAACGCCAGCAAUCACUUGGAUAACGAGUUUCACGGCCAUCAGAAUACCAACACCUCUGCGUUGUUUCUUUACGUCAGCGUCAAUCGGGCGUUUGCCUUUUGGACCGAUCUCAUUUGCGUGCUUUACAUACUCGCGGUGACUUUCAGUUUCCUCGUUAUAGACAGCAAUUUCUAUAGUGGUGAUGUCGGUCUCGCCAUCACGCAGUCGAUGACUUUGAUUAUCAUGUGCCAAUGGGGCAUGCGUCAGACGGCGGAAAUGGAGAAUAAUAUGACGAGUGUUGAGCGUGUUAUCGAAUAUGCUGAGCUACCGCCCGAGCCUGCGCUGGAGACAGACACAAAGUUGGUGGCAUUGCCCAAAACAUGGCCCAGUGCGGGCGCACUACAAUUUAAGGAUCUCUAUCUACGUUACGUUGAACAGAACGAGCCAGUGUUGAGAGGUCUUAAUUUCGCUAUCAACUCCGAGGAGAAGAUCGGCAUUGUGGGACGCACAGGUGCCGGUAAAUCAUCCAUCAUACAGGCUAUAUUCCGUUUGGCUUUGAAUGAGGGUUCUAUAACAAUUGAUGGUGUUGACAUCAGCACGCUGGGCUUGCACGAUCUACGCAGUCGUGUUUCGAUAAUACCACAAGAUCCGGUUUUAUUCUCCGGCACACUACGCUACAAUCUCGAUCCGUUGGAGGAGAAAUCAGACGACGAGUUGUGGCGUGCUUUGGACGAUGUGAAAUUGAAAUCGUAUGUAUCAUCGCUGGAGGGUGGCUUAAAUUGUCGUAUGCAUGAUGGUGGUUCGAACUUUAGUAUGGGCCAAAGGCAGCUGGUCUGCAUGGCGCGUGCUAUACUAAGACACAACAAAUUGCUGAUUAUGGACGAAGCGACUGCAAAUGUGGAUCCAGAAACUGACAUGCUCAUUCAAGAGACUAUACACACAAACUUCCGACACUGCACCGUACUCACCAUCGCCCAUCGGCUCAAUACAGUCAUGGACAACGAUAAAGUGAUGGUCAUCGAUGCGGGUCAGCUGGUUGAGUUUGAUCAUCCACAUAUUUUACUGCGUGAUACAAAUGGUUUUCUCUAUAAGCUCGUGAAGAACACCGGCAGAUUUUCUUCGGAAAUUUUACAUCACAUCGCGGAGAAGAGUUAUAAGAAACGUGUGGGCGGCGCCGAAUAAAUUGAUAGGGUGGGGGUUACUAUAUUUGGCUAAGACGUUUUUUUUUUCUUCUUAAUUUUGGAUGCAAUUUUUUUUUCAACGGUUUUCAAAAAACCGGCUUUAUUUUAU